GUCCGCCCGUGGUUGCCUACUCCUGGUAUAAAGCGGAAGAGGCCUGGAAGUCAGGCCUCCUUCUGCUCUGCCUGCUUGAUGUAGCCCCUGCCCCUCUCCAGCCCACAUAGUAAGGAGGCCCUGCUUAAAGGCUUCUUAGGCCCCAGGGGCGCUUACAUGGGAGUAAAAGGAGGGGAAAGCUGGCAGCCAGGGCAACGGCCCCAGCAAGGAGGGUCCGAGACGUGUGAGUUGGGAAAGGCUUCACACCGUGUGCUUCCCAUCAACAUGAAGUUUCUCUUGGGGCUUUUCCUCUUCUCUGUGCUUCUAACUACAGGUGCCUCUAUAGAGUGUGAGAUUUGCAAGGGAGUCAACAACUGCACAAGCGAGAGGCAGAUUUGUCCUGAAGAAUAUUACGCCUGUUCCAGCUCUCUGCUUGAAAACAGUAAAGUUAAGGAUGUAUACAUGGCAAAGGAAUGUGCACACCCUGAAAUCUGCCUUUUUGGUGUGAUCACUAUGACUGAUGGCAAUGGGAGCCACAUAAGGCAGGUUGCCACCUGUUGCGAAGAGUAUGCCUGCAAUCCAGCCGCUCCGAUACUUCCAGAACGGAAUACCAGAGCCAAUGGGAAGAUUUGCCCAGGCUGCUCGUCUAACAAAGGCGACUGUUCUGCAGCAGUCACAGAAUGUAUUGGAUCUGAAACUUACUGUGUUAGUUAUGUCACACUUUCAGAGAAGAAUGUCGUAAUCGGCUCCAGGAAGGGCUGCAUUCGUGAAGGCACCUGCACCCACUUAAAAACAUUUGACGGAGGGAUUUUUCAUGAUGUUAAUCAUGUUAAAAAUGUUCAGUGUACCCCAGCCGUGGCAGCCACCACUUCUUCUUCUCCUCCUCCUCCUCUCUCCUUUCCCCUCCCAUUCGGAUUCCUUCUCCUGGCUCUCCUGCUGAUGAAGCUUCUUUUGUAAUGAGCUUCUUGCACCAUUUCACCGCUGAAGAAAGAUGCCUCUUGUUUUUGAGUUUCAGAGGGAUUUGUCUUCCUCUAUGUUUUAUUGAGUGAAACAAAUAAAAUAAAAUAAAAGUUGGGGGGGGGGAAUGAGUCAGUGCCAUUUUCCUGUUCUAUUGAUCCACUGAUCAGAUAGAUCCACUGCCCAGGGAUCAGAGGUGAAAUAAUUAUUUGCCUACUUUCAACAUCUGGAGACAUUGGGAGCAGCCCUGACCUUCUCGAGGGAAGGGCGGGCUCAGAAAGUGCUGACGGAAUAGAUCCAAUGUUUUGCUGAGAGAGAAGAUGAAUGAAUGCUGGAAUAGAAACAAGGUUCAGUUUUUGUUUGUUUCUGUUGAUCAGAGCUGAUUCCCCAGUUUCUCCCCUGAAUCCAAUAUUUGGAACCCUGAACACGCUUGGAGGAAGGAUGGACUAAGAAUGUGAUACUUUCAUAAAUGGUAUUGAUCGAGUCCUGCCCCUUGCAGCAUGCCCUACCCAACUGCACCCCACACAGCCAGGAGACCUGCUUUCCUGUGCAACCGCAGCUUAGGUAAAGAAUUUUCCAUCCCUCGGAAUCUAGGGGAAUCUAGCAGAAAGGGGGUUGAGCGUCUGCCCAGCUACAGCUUUUGAAGUUGUGAACAGCUAUGUGGUCUUCGGAUGAAAGGUGGUCUAUAAAUUUAAUAAGUAAUAGAUGAUGUCACCACCCAGGAACAGCUCUGUUUGGAGUUAAGUUAGUGGUAAUAAAGCACAUGAACAAGUCA